GUUUCAUUUUAGACUUAGCUUAGCUUCACCAGCUCCAACUCUCCUCGGUACACCUUUUCUCCGUUCUCCAGGUUCUUGCCAGGAGGCAGCUGCUAGGUGACAGUGGAAUUCGGGCGCUGCUACAUGAUGCCAGGAUGGCGCCUCUGCUUCCCCCUCUUGGUUCGGAGGUCUUCAGACGCUUCACGCAAGCCUCGCUAGAGGAAAUUCAACGACGAUAUGAAGCCGAGGAGAAGGAGCGACAGAGGAAGAAAGAGAAGAACAUCGAGAUAGCAGAAGAAGAUCUUCCUAAACCAGCAAGUGACUUGGAGGCCGGCAAGCCCCUCCCAUUUAUCUAUGGAGACCCGCCCCCUGAGCUUCUCAACACCCCAUUGGAGGAGCUGGAUCCCUUCUACCAAUCACAGAAGACAUUCAUCGUGCUCAGUAAAGGAAACAUCAUCUACAGGUUUAACGCUGACCCGGCCUGUUACCUGCUGAGUCCGUUCAGCCGUCUGAGGACCAUCGCCAUCAGGAUCCUGAUCCACUCUUUAUUCAGUUUGUUCAUCAUGCUGACGAUUCUGACCAACUGUGCGUUCAUGACGAUGAGUGAUCCUCCAGCAUGGAGCAAGACUGUGGAGUACGUCUUCACAGGCAUCUACACGUUUGAAGCGACGGUCAAAGUUCUCUCCCGAGGAUUCUGUGUGGGAGAUUUCACCUUCCUCAGAGACCCCUGGAACUGGCUGGAUUUCAUGGUCAUCAGCAUGGCGUAUCUUACAGAGUUUGUAGACUUGGGGAAUGUUUCUGCGUUGAGAACAUUCAGAGUUCUCCGAGCCCUGAAGACCAUCACAGUCAUCCCCGGUUUAAAGACUAUUGUGGGAGCUCUCAUCCAAUCAGUCAAGAAGUUGGCUGAUGUCAUGAUCCUGACAGUGUUCUGCCUCAGUGUCUUUGCCCUGAUUGGUCUGCAGCUCUUUAUGGGAAACCUGAGACAGAAGUGUGUCCUGAUGCCACAACAGCUUCGUAACCACACACCUGACGUCAGCGGUGACUUUGAUUUCUAUGAGUACAUCAAUAAUCCAGAGAACUACUACUACGUGCCUGGGCAGCUCGAUGCUCUACUCUGUGGAAACAGCUCUGAUGCUGGGGUCUGUCCCGAGGGUUAUGUCUGUCUAAAGGUGGGGAGAAAUCCAAACUAUGGCUACACCAGCUACGACUCUUUUGGUUGGGCAUUCCUGGCUCUGUUCAGACUGAUGACCCAGGACUUCUGGGAAAACCUCUUCCAGCUGACACUACGAGCGGCAGGUAAAACCUAUAUGAUUUUCUUCGUGGUCGUCAUCUUCCUCGGCUCGUUCUACCUCAUUAACCUGAUUCUGGCUGUGGUCGCCAUGGCGUAUGCUGAGCAGAACGAGGCCACGUGUGCUGAGGCCAAACAGAAGGAGGAGGAGUACGCCGAGAUCCUGGAGGCGCUGAAGAGGAGAGAGGAGGAGCAGGCAACCUGCAGGGCUGCACCCUCCCAGAAUCCAGACUCAACACACCCACCUGUGGACGGACAGGAAGUCGAACAAGAACACAAUACUAUGGAAGACUUUGAGGACGACCAGAGGCCAUGUCCUCCAUGUUGGUAUUCCUUUGCUGACAUCUUCCUGAAGUGGAACUGCUGCGGUUGCUGGCGGUGGCUCAAAAUACGGCUCUACACCAUCGUCAUGGACCCGUUCUUCGACCUUGGCAUCACCAUCUGCAUCGUCCUCAACACCGUCUUCAUGGCCAUGGAGCACUAUCCAAUGACGAAUCAGUUUGAGGAGCUACUGAGUGUCGGAAACCUGGUCUUCACAGGGAUCUUCACAGCGGAGAUGGUGCUCAAACUUCUGGCCAUGGACCCGUACUACUACUUCCAGGUGGGGUGGAACAUCUUUGACAGCAUCAUCGUGACCAUGAGUCUGGUGGAGCUGGGAUUGGCUAACGUUCAGGGCCUGUCUGUGCUGCGCUCGUUCCGAUUGAUGCGAGUCUUUAAGCUCGCCAAGUCUUGGCCGACCCUCAACAUGCUGAUCAAGAUCAUUGGAAACUCGGUGGGGGCUCUGGGGAACCUGACUCUGGUCCUCGCCAUCAUCGUUUUCAUCUUCGCCGUCGUCGGGAUGCAGCUGUUUGGGAAGAACUACAAAGACUGCGUCUGUCGCAUCUCGGGGGACUGCGAGCUUCCUCGCUGGCACAUGAAUGACUUCUUCCACGCCUUCCUCAUCAUCUUCAGGAUCCUGUGUGGAGAAUGGAUCGAGACCAUGUGGGACUGCAUGGAGGUCUCGGGUCAGACCAUGUGUCUGAUUGUGUUCAUGAUGGUCCUGGUCAUCGGAAACCUUGUUGUCCUGAACCUGUUCCUGGCCUUGUUGCUGAGCUCAUUCAGUGGUGAUAAUCUGGCAGCUCCAGAGGAUGAAGGUGAAAACAACUUGCAGAUCGCCAUAAAUCGGAUCAACAGGGCCGUGGCCUGGAUCAAGUCCUGGAUCCUAGAGCAGAUUUGGACUGUCUUGGGAAAGAAGAGGCAUGUCAACCCAGACCACAUUGUUGACGGUGACGACAGCGACACAAAGGAGGUUUUGCAUUUGACCUUUGUGACCUCAGACCAGCCAGUGUCAGAGGUCAAUGCCCUCGGCUGUAGCCACGACAACCUGAGCAGCAACUACCACAACAUCACCUUCCUGAAGGUGCCCAUCGCGGAGUCCGAGUCUGAGUCCGAGUCCGAGUCUGAGUCCGACUUUGAGACACCUGAAAAUGAAGAUGAAGAAGAGGAUGAAGAGGAAGACAAGAAAGAAAAGCUCUCCCAAGGUGAAGAGUCGUCAACCUGCAGCACAGUACAGAAACUUCCUGAAGUCCAAGAGGAAGAGGACGAUGAAGAUCAGGAUACUAAUACACCUGAGGACUGCUGCACUGACAACUGUUACCGUCGCUGCCCGCGCCUGGACAUAGACACAUCCCAGGGCAGGGGGAAGGUCUGGUCUAACUUCAGGAGAACCUGUUUCUCCAUUGUGGAACACAACUACUUUGAGACCUUCAUCAUCUUCAUGAUCCUGCUCAGCAGCGGAGCUCUGGCAUUUGAGGACAUCUACCUGGAGCAGCGUCAGGUCAUAAAGACGGUUCUGGAAUAUGCAGACCAGGUAUUCACCUACGUGUUUGUGGUAGAGAUGAUUCUCAAGUGGAUCGCCUACGGAUUCAAGAUCUACUUCACCAACGCCUGGUGCUGGCUGGACUUCCUUAUUGUAGACGUGUCUCUAGUGUCUCUGACAGCUAACAUCCUGGGAUACUCUGAGCUGGGAGCCAUCAAGUCUCUGAGGACUCUAAGAGCUCUGAGGCCCCUGAGGGCCCUGUCCCGCUUCGAGGGCAUGAGGGUGGUGGUGAAUGCCCUGGUCGGAGCGAUCCCCUCCAUCUUUAACGUGCUGCUGGUGUGUCUGAUCUUCUGGUUGAUCUUCAGCAUCAUGGGAGUGAAUUUGUUUGCAGGAAAGUUUUAUUACUGUUUCAAUGAGACGUCAGAGGAGAUAUUUCUCCCUGCGGACAUCAACAAUAAGACCGAGUGUUUCGCUCUGAUCAAUGAAAACAUGUCUGAGGUCCGCUGGAAGAACCUGAAGGUCAACUACGACAAUGUGGGAAUGGGCUACCUGUCGCUGCUGCAAGUGGCCACAUUUAAAGGCUGGAUGGACAUCAUGUACGCUGCAGUGGACUCUAGAGAGGUGGAGGACCAGCCGGUGUACGAGGGUAACCUGUACAUGUACCUGUACUUCGUCUGUUUCAUCAUCUUUGGCUCCUUCUUCACCCUCAACCUCUUCAUUGGAGUCAUCAUCGACAACUUCAACCAGCAGAAAGCCAAGUUGGGAGGAACAGAUAUCUUCAUGACAGAGGAGCAGAAAAAAUAUUACAAUGCCAUGAAGAAACUGGGCUCUAAGAAACCUCAGAAACCUGUUCCACGACCUGUUAACAAGUUCCAGGGUCUGGUCUUUGACCUGGUCACUAAACAGUUUUUCGACAUCUUCAUCAUGGUGUUGAUCUGCCUCAACAUGGUGACCAUGAUGGUGGAGACAGACGAGCAAAGCCUGGAGAAAGAGAUCAUCUUGUACUGGGUCAACCUGGUCUUCAUCAUCGUCUUCACCACUGAGUGCUCUCUAAAGAUCAUCGCACUCAGGCAGCACUACUUUGCUGUCGGCUGGAACAUUUUUGACUUUGUAGUGGUCAUCCUGUCCAUUGUAGGCCUCCUCCUUGCUGAUCUCAUAGAGAAGUAUUUUGUUUCGCCCACACUCUUUCGUGUGAUCCGAUUGGCUCGUAUCGGUCGAAUCCUUCGUCUUAUCCGAGGAGCUAAGGGAAUCCGGACACUUCUGUUUGCCCUGAUGAUGUCACUUCCUGCCCUCUUCAACAUUGGUCUGCUCCUCUUCCUCAUCAUGUUCAUCUUCUCCAUCUUCGGAAUGUCAAACUUUGCCUAUGUGAGGAAGGAGGCCAUGAUAGACGACAUUUUUAACUUUGAGAGCUUUGGGAACAGCAUGAUCUGUUUGUUUAUGAUCACCACAUCAGCUGGAUGGGACGGCCUGCUGAGUCCCAUCAUGAACACAGCGCCAGACUGUGACCCAGACAUCGAGAACCCCGGAUCAAUGGUCAGAGGGAACUGUGGCAGCCCGGCGGUGGGCAUUGUCUUCUUCACCACCUACAUUAUCAUGUCCUUCCUGGUGGUGGUCAACAUGUACAUCGCCAUCAUCCUGGAGAACUUCAACGUGGCCACAGAGGAGAGCACCGACCCGCUGUGUGAGGAUGACUUUGAGAUGUUUUAUGAAACCUGGGAGAAGUUUGACCCCGAUGCCUCACAGUUUAUACAGUACAGUAAACUGUCAGACUUCUGCGACACUCUCCAGGAACCUCUGAGGAUUCCCAAACCCAACACCAUCAAACUGAUCCACAUGGAUCUGCCUCUGGUUCCUGGAGACAAGAUCCAUUGUCUUGACAUUCUGCUGGCACUCACUGCACAGGUGUUGGGGGAUUCAGGAGCAAUGGACACACUCAAAGCCAGCAUGGAGGAGAAAUUCAUGGCCAACAACCCCUCAAAGGUGUCGUAUGAACCGAUCAGCAGCACCCUGCGGAGGAAACAGGAGGAGGUGGCGGCGAUGGUGAUCCAGCGAGCGUACAGGAAACACCUUCUGCGGCGGACGGUCAAAUUGGCAUCUUACAAAUACCGCGAGAAGACAGAUAGACGGCGAGACGAGGAUUUGCCCCCAGAGACAGAAGGACUUCUCUUUAAACGAAUCAGUCAGCUGUAUGGAGACAGCCAGGACACACAGGAGCAACCUCCUCCAGCCCGAGUGGAGCUUCAGAGUGAGUUACUCCUCCAUGCCGCUCCUCCCCUGAGCACCCCCGACUUUCUGCGAGAUGAGAACCUGAGGGAAUCUAUCGUGUGAUGACGACUGAUGUUCACUGGUUCUCCUUUUCUUCCUUUGUUCUGCUCUCUUGUGGAGCGUCGCCUGUUGGAGGGGCAGCAGAUCGAUGACUGAUGACAAUCCUCUUCAUCUGCGUCUGUGCUGAAGACACUGUAUGUCAUAUUAUAUCGAUUUAAUACUUAAACAGGUUGUUAGUGACACUAAUAAAACACAUCAUUAUUAUUAUGUUAUUAGUCAUUAGUCCCAGACCAGCUGAUUAUCAGCUGAUGAGUCAGAUCGCUUCACAGCUGCUCCACAGUGUUUUCAACAUGUUGAGGAGCUUUGACCAGAAAAGUCUUUUGAUGGACAUUUGAAAUGACCAAUGACAGUAUUCAGUGUACAACUGCUCCCCUCAAACAAUAAAUCAUUUAAAUCUUUAUUCAAACAUCAGACAAAAACAAACAAGUCAUUCAUAACAGCUUCACUGGUGACUGACAGAGACACCAGGCGCUGGAAAGUAACUCAGACUAUUUACUCAAGUACUGUAGUACAUUUUAGUUACUCGUACUUUAUUUGAGUAUUUCCAUUUUAUGCUACUUUAUAACUCUACUCAUUUCAGAGGGAAACACUUCUACUGCAGGAAGUUUAUUUGACAGCAGCAGUAAAAAAAAAGAAAAAAAAUAUUAGCAAACUGCUACUGCAAAACCUUUUACUAUGAGUCAGGGUGGUUGUUUCUCUUGUCAUGUUGUUAUCAGUUCAACCAAAGAGAGAUGUCACCUCCAAACUAACAUCAGCAUUAGCAUUAUUAGCAGGAAUUUACUUACCAGUCUAGAAGAAACAUUGUGAGUUCAGCAUCAAAUUUCAUUCCUUUACCCACCAACCGCUGUCUGCAUAGGUGGAGACAAACACAAAGGUUAACUCUCGUCUCUGUCACGUCUUUUCUUCUACUGAAGUUAGCAUGCUAACCAGCUAACCAUGGCUCAUCUCGUCACUGUAGCCUCCAAUCUGAAGACGUAGCGUCUCAAAGGACGUGUUAUAACCUCUUGUAAUUUAAACAUGGCUGAAGCUCCACCACCUGGUCCCGGCAAGAAGCCCCCAUAAACAAACACUUCAAGAUUCAAAGAGGUAAAACGAUCCAAUGUUUCACAAAAAGAAAAGAAUUCAGUCAAAGAAACAGAUUUUAUUUUUUUCCUCUUCUCUCCCAUGAAUCAUCUGACGACCCGUCAGAUUAAUCUGGUGACCCUUUGGAGGGGCCCGACCCCCAGGUUGGGAAGCAGUGGACUGAACUGUCUAAGAGUAUGUGACAUAGUUAAAGCAGCUACAGCAGUGACAUCAGUCAGGAUAAAUGAUCUGAGCAAUCACAGGAGGAACGUUCACUCUGCUUUUACUUGUCAUGGAGUUUUGUAUAUUGCUGUAUUCGUAUUUUUACUAGUAAAGGAUCUGAGUACUUCCUGCACCACUGCAGACAGCCAAUAACAGUGCAGCAUCUGAACACAUGACUGAUGAGAAGGAAACAUUAUUUUUGUUUUUAUAAAUAGAAAUGUUGUUAUUUUACAUUUCAGUCAUCUACAGUUUGAUUUAAUCUGCCUACAUCAUGCGCGGCACAGUGAAUCACCUGUUAUCAAUCACCUGCAUUUAUGAACUUUCACUUUCCUUACAUUCACUCUGAUUGGUCGCUUCAGCUGCUGUUCUUCUUCACAGACGACAGUAUACUGCUGUGAUGAUGAGGUGAACCGGCUAAUAGGAGUAUAGAAUGGACCAGGUAACAGCCAAUCAGAGCUGGUUUAGACUAACGUAUUGGAAAUUGAUCAUUCAUGAUUGAUUUUAUCUUCAGAUCCUACAUUUUUUCUUUCUUUUUCUUUCCUUCUUUUUAAAUUUCUUUAUUUUAUUUUUUUUUGUAUGAAGCUUGGUUUAUCACUAAAUAAUAGUAUUCAUGUUUUUCGUUUCUUUACUUCAUACAGAGCUGCAGGGACGAUGUUUUUGUAGUCCAACCCUGACAUUAGCAUCUCCCUGGUUCCAUCCACAAACAGCCAAUGGGAUGUUUCCAUUGUUUUUUGGGAUUAUUAGACAAAAUAAACAACAGUUUCUGAUCCUGACAGGUUUAGUUCAGCAGGAUCAUCUUCACUAAUGAACACCACGUUAUGAUGUUUGAAGCCUCAAUACAGUCAGCAGAAGUAAAAAGGUAAUAUUAGGCUUUAAACCAACGACACCACGGUCACGACUUCAGCGUCACCACCGCUAAACUUCAACUUGUAGUUUGAUUUAGCUCUGACCUCUUCUAAAAAGCCUUUCCUCUGACAGA